CCAUGGACGCUCUGUGCGGCUCCGGGGAGCUCGGCUCCAAGUUCUGGGACUCCAAUCUGUCUGUGCACACAGACAACCCGGACUUCACUCCCUGCUUCCAGAACUCCGUGCUGGCCUGGGUCCCCUGCAUCUACCUGUGGGCCGCCCUGCCCUGCUACCUGUUCUGCCUGCAGCACCGCCACCAAGGCUACAUUGUUCUCUCUCGCCUCUCCAGGCUCAAGACGGCCUUGGGCGUCCUGCUGUGGUGCGUCUCCUGGACUGACCUCUUCUACUCCUUCCAUGGCCUGGUCCACGGUUGGGCCCCUGCCCCCAUCUUCUUUGUCACCCCCUUGGUGGUGGGGGUCACCAUGCUGCUGGCCACCCUGCUGAUCCAGUAUGAGCGGCUGCAGGGGGUUCGGUCUUCGGGGGUCCUCAUCAUCUUCUGGUUCCUGUGUGUGGUCUGUGGCAUCAUCCCCUUCCGUUCCAAGAUCCUUUCAGCUUUGGCACAGGGCAAGAUCUCAGACCCCUUCCGCUUCACCACCUUCUAUAUCUACUUUGCCCUGGUGCUCUCUGCCCUCAUCCUCUCCUGCUUCAGGGAGAAGCCACCGUUUUUCUCCCCCAAGAAUAUCGACCCCAACCCCUGCCCUGAGGCCGGAGCUGGCUUCCUCUCCCGCCUGUCUUUCUGGUGGUUUACAAAGUUGGCCAUCCUCGGCUACCGGCGGCCCUUGGAGGAGUGGGACCUCUGGUGCCUGAACAAGGAGGACCGCUCCCACGUGGUGGUGCAGAGGCUGCUGCAAGAGAGGAAGAAGCAGCGAGAGCAGGCAGCGCGACACCAGGCUGCGGAGGCUUCUGGGAAGAGACUGUCCAGCGAGGGUGAGGUGCUGCUGGGGGGCCGGCCGCAGGCCCGGGAGCCCCCCUUCCUGCGGGCCCUGAUGGCCACCUUUGGCUCCAGCUUCCUCCUCAGCAUGUGCUUCAAGCUGAUCCAGGACCUGCUGUCCUUCAUCAACCCACAGCUGCUCAGCGUCCUGAUCAGGUUUAUUUCAAACCCCACGGCCCCCACCUGGUGGGGCUUUCUGGUGGCCGGGCUGAUGUUCGUGUGCUCCGUGAUGCAGACUCUGAUCUUACACCAGUAUUACCACUGCAUCUUUGUGAUGGGGUUGAGGUUUCGCACGGGCAUCAUAGGUGUCAUCUAUAGGAAGGCUCUGGUCAUCACCAAUUCAGUCAAACGUGAGUCCACUGUGGGAGAAAUUGUUAACCUCAUGUCAGUGGACGCCCAGCGCUUCAUGGAUGUUGUCCCCUUCAUCAACCUGCUGUGGUCAGCACCCCUGCAGAUCAUCCUGGCAGUGUACUUCCUCUGGCAGAACCUGGGUCCCUCUGUCCUGGCUGGAGUCGCUCUCAUGGUCUUGCUGAUCCCGCUCAAUGGAGCCGUGGCUGUGAAAAUGCGUGCGUUCCAGGUAGAGCAAAUGAAAUUCAAGGACUCACGCAUCAAGCUGAUGAGCGAGAUCCUGGGUGGCAUCAAGGUGCUGAAGCUGUAUGCCUGGGAGCCCAGCUUCUUGAAGCAGGUGGAGGACAUCCGGCAGGACGAGCUCCGGCUGAUGCGCCAGGCUGCCUACCUCCAUGCCACGUCCACUUUCAUCUGGAUCUGCACCCCCUUCCUGGUGACCCUGACCACCCUCGGGAUGUACGUGUCCGUGGAUAAGAACAACGUGCUGGAUGCUGAGAAGGCCUUUGUGUCCGUGUCCCUGUUCAACAUCUUAAAAAUUCCCCUCAACAUGCUGCCCCAGUUAAUCAGCAACCUGGCCCAGACCAGUGUGUCUCUGAAACGGAUCCAGCAUUUCCUGAGCCAAGAUGAACUUGACUCCCAGUGUGUGGAAAGAAAGACCAUCACCCCAGGCUAUACUGUCACCAUACACAAUGGCACCUUCACCUGGUCCCAGAACCUACCACCCACCCUGCACAGCCUAGAUAUCCAGGUGCCAAAAGGGGCACUCGUGGCUGUGGUGGGGCCUGUGGGUUGUGGGAAGUCCUCCCUGUUGUCUGCCCUGCUGGGAGAGAUGGAGAAGCUGGAAGGCAAGGUGUAUAUGAAGGGCUCCGUGGCCUACGUGCCCCAGCAGGCGUGGAUCCAGAACUGCACUCUUCAGGAAAAUGUGCUGUUUGGCCAAGCCCUGGACCCCAAGCGUUACCGACAGGCUCUGGAGGCCUGUGCCCUGCUAGCUGACCUGGAGGUGCUGCCUGGUGGGAGCAAGACAGAGAUCGGAGAGAAGGGCAUUAACCUGUCUGGGGGCCAGCGUCAGCGGGUCAGUCUGGCCCGAGCUGUUUACAGUGAUGCUGACAUUUUUUUGCUGGAUGACCCACUGUCAGCCGUGGACUCCCACGUGGCCAAGCAUAUCUUUGACCGAGUCAUUGGGCCGGAAGGUGUGCUGGCAGGAAAGACACGGGUGCUAGUGACGCACGGCAUCAGCUUCCUGCCCCAGACGGACUUUGUCAUAGUGCUAGCUGACGGGCAGGUGUCUGAGAUUGGCACUUACGCAGCCCUGCUGCAGCGCAACGGCUCCUUUGCCAACUUUCUCCGCAACUAUGCACCUGGUGAGGGCAAGGAGCACCAGGAGGCCGACAGCAGGACCGCCUUGGAGGACAGAGAGGAUGAGGAGGUGCUGCUGAUUGAGGACACGCUCAGCAAUCACACAGACCUGACGGAUAAUGAGCCAGUGACAUACGAGGUCCAGAAGCAGUUUAUGAGACAGCUGAGUGCCAUGUCCCUGGAAGGAGAGGGCCAGGGUCGGCCUGUGUCCAGGAGGCGCCUGGGUGCGGCAGAAAAGGUAGUGCAGGCAACAGAGGCAAAGGCGAGCCAGGUGCUGACCCAGGAGGAGAAGGUGGAGAUGGGCACUGUGAAGCUGAGUGUGUUCUGGGAUUACGCCAGGGCCGUGGGGCUCUGUGCCACGCUCGUCAUCUGUCUGCUGCACGGGGGUCAAAGUGCGGCUGCCAUUGGGGCCAACGUUUGGCUCAGUGCCUGGACCAGUGAGGCUGUGGUGAACGGCCAGCAGAACAACACCUCCCAGAGGCUGGGCGUCUACGCCGCCUUGGGAAUUCUGCAAGGGCUCCUGGUGAUGCUGUCAGCCGUCACGAUGGCGGUGGGAGGUGUCCAGGCUGCGCGCUUGCUUCACCAGGCGCUGCUGCACAACAAGAUGCGCUCGCCUCAGUCCUUCUUCGAUACGACGCCCUCAGGCCGCAUCCUUAACCGCUUCUCCAAGGACAUCUGCAUCAUCGAUGAGGUUCUGGCUCCCACCAUCCUCAUGCUGCUGAAUUCCUUCUACAACUCCAUCUCCACCCUCGUGGUCAUUGUGGCCAGCACGCCACUCUUCGCUGUGGUCAUCCUGCCUUUGGCUGUCUUCUACCUCUUUGUGCAGCGCCUCUAUGUGGCUACGUCACGGCAACUGAAGCGGCUGGAAUCUGUCAGCCGCUCACCCAUCUACUCCCACUUUUUGGAGACGGUGACCGGCUCCAGCGUCAUCCGGGCCUAUGGCCGCAGCCAGGACUUCGAGGCCAUCAGUGAUGCUAAGGUGGACACCAACCAGAGGAGCUGCUACCCCUACAUCGCCUCCAACAGGUGGCUGGGGGUCCGAGUGGAGUUCGUGGGCAACUGUGUUGUGCUCUUCACUGCACUCUUUGCUGUGAUUGGGAGAAGCAGCCUGAGCCCAGGGCUGGUGGGCCUGUCUGUGUCCUAUGCCCUACAGGUGACGUUGGCUCUGAACUGGAUGAUACGAACGAUAUCAGACUUGGAGUCUAAUAUUGUGGCCGUGGAGAGAGUCAAAGAGUACUCCAAGACGGAGACUGAGGCCCCCUGGGUGGUAGAGGGCAGCCGCCCGCCAGUGGGCUGGCCACUGCAGGGUGAGGUGGAGUUCCGGAAUUACUCUGUGCGCUACCGGCCGGGCCUGGAGCUGGUGCUGAAGGACUUGAGUCUACAAGUGCGAGGUGGCGAGAAGGACCCCAUCUUGUUCUCGGGGACCCUGCGCAUGAACCUGGACCCCUUUGGCAAUUACUCGGAGGAAGACAUGUGGCGAGCCUUGGAGCAGUCCCACCUGCACACGUUUGUGAGCUCCCAGCCGGCAGGCCUGGACUUCCAGUGCUCCGAGGGCGGGGAGAAUCUCAGCGUGGGCCAGCGGCAGCUCGUGUGCCUGGCCAGAGCCCUGCUUCGCAAGAGUCGCAUCCUGGUUUUAGACGAGGCCACAGCUGCCAUCGACCUGGAGACUGAUGACCUCAUCCAGGCCACCAUCCACACCCAGUUUGAGGCCUGCACGGUGCUGACCAUCGCACAUCGGCUCAACACCAUCAUGGACUACACCAGGGUCCUGGUCCUGGACAAAGGGACAAUAGCUGAAUUUGAUUCUCCAACCAACCUCAUUGCAGCCAGAGGCAUCUUCUACGGGAUGGCCAGAGAUGCUGGACUUGCCUAAAAUAUAUUCCUGGGAUUUCUUCCUGGACAUUCCUGGUUUUCAUCAGGAAGGGAAAGGACACCAGAUAUGUCUACAGAAUGGACUGGAUGGCAAACGCUGGGGGCAUUUGUCAGGUUUUUGUCCCUGUUAAGUACCUGGCAGGAUAACCAUGCUAAAUGCUCCAGGUGAGGAGGUGAAGCCCAAGAGGCAAAUGACAUGCCCAAAGUCAUAGCUAAUUUGAGGCAGAGCCCAGACUAGUCCCCAGGUUUCCUGAUUCCCAAUGUGGUGUUAUUUCCACACUGUACUGUUUUCAAUCAUCAUUUCAUGGUAUGACCUCCCUACCCCCAUGAUUUUUCAUAUUUUCUACUCUGAAGUUUUUUUUUUUAAUUUUAAUAAAGCUUUUUCCUUCUGGAACAGAAGACUGCCAGGUCAGGCCGUCCCUAGGAACUGAGUCUGGUACUCUGGGGUGCUGGCCUGGAUCCAUUAGAAAUGGAGCACUGAUGAAAUAAAGCUACGUGUCAACAAUACAUACACCCCAAUGUAGCCUUUCUCUGUUCACAAGGUCUG